GGGGAGGAAGUGUCAUCGCGGAGGCUGGUUGUUCCUUCCCCUUUAGGGUCAUUUUCCAGUCGGCGGGAAAAAAAUCCGAGGGGUCGGCGGGCGGCCGGACCGGAGAAGGACUCAGGGUUGGUUUUGGAGCAGCUGUCCGGCCUUUGGAAACGAGCCCACAGCUGCAUUUGAGAUGGUUCGUGUCUGAGCCGGCGAAACGGAGCGGCCUUCCUGGCUGCUCCUGAGAAGCAGCGGUCCGGCAGAAGGGAAUGUUGCGGUGGGCGGUGCACCUGGAAGGAGGCCCGCGAAGGGUGAACCAUGCAGCAGUGGCCGUUGGACACAAAGUUUACUCCUUCGGGGGUUACUGUUCGGGUGAGGACUAUGAGACGCUCCGACAGAUCGAUGUGCAUGUCUUUAAUGCAGUUUCGCUUCGCUGGACGAAGCUCCCACCUUUCCAUUCGGAGCGGAAAGACCAGACACCUCCGGUGCCGUACAUGAGGUAUGGCCACACUGCUGUUCUCGUCGAUGACACCAUCUAUGUCUGGGGCGGAAGGAAUGACACAGAAGGAGCAUGCAAUGUGUUGUAUGCAUUCGAUGUCUACUCUCACACCUGGUCCACCCCGAAGGUCCACGGCCUAAUUCCUGGCGCUCGGGACGGGCACUCUGCCUGCGCUCUGGGCAAGUCCAUGUUCAUAUUUGGAGGCUACGAACAGCUGGCUGACUGCUUUUCCAAUGAUAUCCACCGUCUCGAUACCGUAACAAUGACAUGGACCCUGGUGAAUGCAAAGGGUAACCCAGCCAGGUGGAGAGACUUCCAUUCAGCCACAGUGCUGGGCAGUCGGAUGUACGUGUUUGGGGGCAGAGCUGAUCGAUUUGGACCCUUCCACUCCAACAAUGAGAUCUAUUGCAACCGCAUCAAAGUGUUCGACACGGAGACCAACCACUGGCUCGACUCUCCCACCACCCAGCUGUUGCCCGAGGGAAGACGCAGCCACUCAGCAUUCACAUACAACAGUGAACUUUACAUAUUCGGUGGGUACAACGCUCGGCUCGACCGACACUUCAACGACCUGUGGAAGUACAAUCCAGAGACGGCGACAUGGAGGAAGGUUGAACCCAAGGGUAAAGGGCCCUGUCCACGGCGGAGACAGUGUUGCUGCAUGGUGGGAGACAAAAUUAUCCUCUUCGGAGGCACCAGUCCAUGCCCGGAGCAAGGAAUGGGUGAUGAAUUUAACCUGAUGGAUCACUCUGACCUCUACAUCCUGGAUUUCAGUCCAAGUUUGAAGACCUUGUGCAAACUGGCAGUCAUUCAAUACAGCUUGGAUCAGUCCGUGCUCCCUCAUGACAUCAGGUCAGAGCUAACGGCAAUGACAACAAACAGCAACAUCAGCCGGCCGAUCUUCUCGUCCCAUGGAUAAACCACUACUCUUCACCCAGCGACUCCCCACACACUGCCUUGUCUUGUGGUAGGGGCAAGGGCCGAGGACGCAACCUCACGAUGCCAAAUGAUGGGGAGCUGGCAGUUCCCAGGACUGGGCUUUGCAGUGCAAUGUUUCCAGGUGGCGAGAUGUCUCAUCGACACACAGGCAUACAUCACCACCCAUUCCCCCACUCCCACCUACUCCCCUGCCACCCCACGGGGUCCAGCACGAAGCCGUGCCAGAUAUUUUACCGAAAGGUGCUUGAUGCAGGAUAUACCUCACUUCAGCCUGAGCCUUUCUGCUGCCCUGCUGAGACACCCACCACCCCACCAGCCAAGGGGCUCCUUGUCUGUGGGAGAUUUCCCAGCUGUGUGGUUGGAGUGGACGGGUGACCAGCUGUUUUAUUAAAUUGUUUUUGGGAUGGGUGCAAAUGACAAUGUUGUGACUGUUUAGUGUGUGAGGAGGAGCGAUUUGGGGAAGGGGUCAGAGGUGUUUGAUGGCCCAGAGCAACAUCAGGUUAGUGUGGACGGGCAGAGCCUUUACCUCUGCAUGUCACCCAUUACUCAAAGCAGUUCUGGCUGCCCAUUCACCAUCAAUCCCGUCUCCUGCCAUCCUAAUGCUGUAAUCUAUCUACAGUCCCAGCACAUCGAGCAUUGGCAGCUUCCAAACACAGUCCCCUCCGUCCCAGACCACGCUUCCCCAUCCACCGAACCUAAGAUGACAGUGUAGGCUGGUUUUUCCCUCUCCCAAACCCAGGCUCAUUGCGUAGUAAGGAGGGUGUGGGACCCAGGGCUAAUUCUGCGUCGCCAGCUCCGUCCCAAUUAGGGUUAUUGGCUGUGACAGAGCAGGGAACAGGAGCUGAUUUCCCAGAUGGACGGUCGAUGAACUCUGGACAGUGGACCCGUACCCACGGCCAAAGUGAGCCCUCUAAUAUCUGGUCAUCAGCCCGGGUUGCGAGCGUUUGUUUUUUUUUCAUCUUUUUGUAAAAUCCUAUAUUUCAGUGGACGUAUAAAUAUUAAAGUCAGCGUUUUCUGAG